UCGGCAAGGCCUCCGACCAUGGCCUCGCUUCGCAACGCCACCCCCAGGCUGAGGAACUACUUCAAGGCCAACUACAUUCCUCAGGUCUGCGAGGCCCUGUUAUGUGGUAUACUUGUUACAUGUCCUGAGGAUCCACUGAGAUAUUUAGAGGAAAUGAUCAUGGUUAUAAUUGAAAAUGGUCUUACAAGUCUCCUGUGGGAUAUGUUCAUUGAUCCAUCAAUGAAGCCGAAAAUUCGAAGGUUGUCUGAAACUUACAUGGAACAACUUUUUGGACUGGAUGAUCAGCUGAUGACUCCAGAAUUAAUGAUAAAAGCAUGUACGUUUUAUACUGGACGUUUAGUAAAGACCCAUUUUUGUAGUUGGAGAGAAAUAACAGUACCUCAUGCAAAAGAAGAUGAGAUCAUGUCUGGAAAACAGGAAAAAGCAGUGGCAUAUCACAAUUUCAGACUUCAAAAAUCUGUAUUUCAUAGCUGGCAUGUUUAUGUAAAAAAUAAAAAACAAAUUUAUAAUGAUGCACUAUUGCGGAUUCAGCACAUACUCCAUUGUCACAGACUGAAAAUGAUCCUAAGAAAAUGGUGGGAUAAAGCAAAAAGCAAGAAUCAAAAGAGAGAAGAUGAGCUGCUGUUACAACAUGAACUUCAAUUGAAACAAUGGAAAGAUAGGUUAAAAUUAAAAAUUGCUUCUAUAGAUGUAUUUUUAUCUUUGGAACAAUGUGCUUCUAAAGUUCCUUUUGAAGAUGGGACUCAGGAAUUUGACAUUUCACUGUUACCCGACAGAGCAAUAUCACAGAUUUUCUUCUACCUGAGUUUAAGAGAUGCAGUAGUAUGUAGUCAAAUUAGUCAUGCCUGGCUUUCAAUGACGCAGAUGAGCUCAUUGUGGACUGCUAUUGAUUUUUCCACAGUGAAAAACAUAAUUACAGAUAAAUACGUUGUAUCUACUUUGCAAAGGUGGCGUCUCAAUGUGCUGCGUUUGAAUUUCCGUGGUUGUCUUUUCCGACCAAAAACUUUCAAAUCUGUUAGCCACUGUAAAAACUUGCAAGAGUUGAAUGUCUCUGACUGCUCAACACUAACGGAUGAAUCAAUGAGACAGAUUUCAGAGGGCUGCCCGGGAGUCCUGUAUCUCAAUCUGUCUAACACAAAUAUCACUAACAGGACGAUGAGACUCCUGCCAAGGCACUUCCACAACUUACAGAAUCUUAGUUUGGCUUAUUGCAGAAAGUUCACAGACAAAGGCUUACAGUACCUGAACUUGGGGAACGGAUGCCACAAGCUCAUCUAUCUGGACCUCUCCGGCUGCACCCAGAUUUCAGUGCAAGGCUUUAGGAAUAUUGCAAACAGCUGCUCUGGAAUUAUGCAUCUGACCAUCAAUGAUAUGCCAACUCUGACAGACAACUGUGUGAAAGCUUUAGUUGAGAAGUGCCUUCAUAUCACGUCAGUGGUUUUCAUUGGUGCACCACAUAUCUCCGACAGUACUUUCAAAGCUCUUUCUAUUUGCAACCUCAGAAAGAUACGAUUUGAAGGGAAUAAAAGGAUUACUGAUACAUGCUUCAAAUUUAUGGAUAAAAAUUAUCCAAAUAUCAGUCAUAUCUACAUGGCAGACUGUAAAGGAAUAACAGAUAGUAGUCUCAAACCACUGUCUCAUUUGAGGAGACUGACUGUGUUGAAUUUGGCCAAUUGUAUAAGAAUUGGUGAUGUAGGACUAAAACACUUUCUUGAUGGUCCUGCAAGCAUAAGUAUAAGAGAACUAAAUUUAAGUAACUGUGUGCAACUGACUGAUUUCUCUGCUAUGAAACUAUCAGAUCGCUGCUAUAAUUUAAACUACUUGAGUUUACGAAAUUGUGAACAUUUGACUGAUGGAGGAAUUGACUAUAUUGUAAACAUCUUAUCCUUGGUAUCAGUAGAUCUCUCUGGAACAAACAUCUCUGAUGAGGGUUUGUUGAUACUGUCCAAACAUAAAAAAUUGAAGGAACUUUCUCUAUCUGAGUGUUACAGAAUCACUGAUAUUGGAAUUCAGGCAUUCUGCAAACUCUCUCUGACCUUGGAACACUUGGAUGUGUCUUAUUGCUCCCGGCUGUCAGAUGGUAUUAUUAAAGCAUUGGCCAUUUACUGCACUAACCUCACGUCUCUCAUCAUUGCUGGCUGUCCAAAGAUUACUGACUCAGGGAUAGAGAUGUUAUCAGCAAAAUGCCAUUACCUGCACAUUUUGGAUAUCUCUGGUUGUGUCCUGCUUACUGACCAAAUGCUUCAGGCCCUUCAGAUAGGCUGCAAACAACUCCGGAUCCUUAAGAUGCAAUACUGCGGACGUAUUUCCAAGGAGGCAGCUCAGAAAAUGUCAUCUGUAGUUCAGCAGCAAGAAUAUAGCUCUAAUGACCCUCCUAGCUGGUUUGGAUAUGACAGUGAAGGCAAGUCUCUUACGGUGAAUCAGGAAAUGACACCACCUCAAGACACCAUAGACAUGACAGUGAAAAAGUCCACACUCAAUAAUGAAGAGAAAGAAGUAUGAUCUUCAACCUCAAGCAGGAAGAACGAAAAAUCUAGAAGUUGGCAUCUUUUUCUUCUUGUGAUGCAAGUAUUUUCAUUAGCUGGAUCUCAAUAACAAUAUAAACAGGCAACAAGUCAUCUUCUGAUUC